AUGACUGACAAUCCAAAAGGAAAAGAAAAACUGCAUAUUCUCUAUGUCGUGCCCCCACGAGAGGGGCAUAUGCGGCCUGCGCUCCAGAUAUCUGGUGCCUAUUUCAGCCCUAUUAUUGGGCUUUGGGGAACGCUUGACGACGCAACUCGCUGGCCAAAAAUCGCGCAUGCUCCAAGCUCUGCAGGACGCCUUGCUGCAUCCCUCGAUUGUGGAUUUGUUUCACUUUUGCCAAGCGGUCUGGAGUCGAUAAGGUUCGCUCUUGCCGCCAUUCGCAGGCGGCAACCUGGAUGUCACAUCGUUGUUCUUUCGGAUACAUGCUUCUCCGGAACGUUGGCUCUGCGAUUACAAACCGACCUGCCAGAAGGAUUUAAGGAGGGAGAAGAGGUCAGAGCAAUUGGGAUCGGAGUUGUGCCAACUUUCUGGGCCAGCCCCGAAAGACCUCCCUGGGGAUCAGGACUGCCCUUCGACGACAGUGAAAGAGGAAUAAAGAGGAACAUGCAAACCAUUCAAGAAACUUGGAACGCUGCUGCCGAAGAGCGUGGGAGAUGGGUUUUGGCGAUGAUGGGCUGCGCCAGGGAUGUCGAAUCCUUGUACGAUGACCUUUCGCCCACGAUCCCACACCCCUUUUGGGAUGCGUCAACAAUCUGUCACGACACGACACUUCAGAUGUGCAUCCCCAGCCUCGAAUUUUCAUCUUCAGAUUGGCCGGAGAAAAUCAAGUUCGCGGGCACAUUACCAAUCAAGCCCUUGCCGCCAAACCUUAUAUACCCAAGCUGGUUCAGCGAGAUCCUGUCCAACAGCGCAAGUCUUCACCCACCAAAUUUGGACAGAAAGAAAAUUGUCUUUGUAGCACAGGGCACAGAAGUAUUGGACCACCGGGAACUGAUCGUCCCUACGAUGAAAGCUUUAGCAUGCCAGGACGACGUAUUGGUCGUUGCUUGUUUAUACGUGGCUGGGGCCACCCUGGAGACUGACAGCUUCGACAACGGGAAGAUGCCUUCCAAUGCUAGGGUUAUCGACUACUUUCCAUAUGACACAAUUCUGGCACAUGCCGACUUAUUCGUCUCCAAUAGCGGAUACAGAGGAUUUCAGCAUGCGGUUGCAAACGGCGUCCUUAUCGUACAAGCCUGCAAUGUGUUUGAUAAGCCGGACAUUGGGAGAAGAGUUGAAUGGUCUGGCUUGGGUGUGUAUAUGGUAGAGUCUCCGCCGACUGUGAAGGACGUUCACCUUGCCAUUACAAAGGUGCUGGGUGAUGAGGGUUAUUGA